AUCACAAAUGUCACAACAAAAACAAUAGCUCUCUUAUCAAUUUCUUAUCAUAAACACCUCCACUUUGCCACACUUUGCUUUGAAAUUAAUAAAGCAAACGCCGCGCAGAGUAGUCGACUCUUCUGAGGAUCCUACGUUGUUUUAGUGAAAUGGAUUCAAAUCAGAAUAAAAAUGCACCAAAGAUUGUGGUUUUGGGUUCCUGCUCUGUAGAUUUUACAACUUAUGCUCCAAGACUGCCGACACCUGGAGAGACACUUCACGGCACGAAGUUCACCACGAGUUAUGGCGGUAAAGGUGCCAACCAGUGUGUAGCAGCUGCAAAACUUGGUGGCAACACUUUUAUGAUCUGUAGAGUAGGAGAGGACCAAUGGGGAGAAAAGUAUAAGAACAACCUGAUUGAAAAUGGAGUAGAUGUGUCACAUGUUUACCUCACACCCAAUGUAAACACUGGUAUUGCUCAAAUAUCUGUAGCAGAGAAUGGGGAGAAUCAAAUAGUCAUUGUUCCAGGUGCAAACGGCCAUCUGAGUGUGGAUGAUGUAGAACACUCUAAGGAUCUCAUAAAAUCUGCUGAUGUUCUCAUUGGUCAGUUGGAAACACCAUUUGAAACUACCUUGGAAGCUUUCAAAAUUAAUGAAGGAAUAAAGCUUUUGAAUGCUGCUCCUGCUAGGAAUGAUAUUCAAGACAUUCUACCUCAUUGUUCUAUACUAUGUGUGAAUGAGUUAGAAGCCUCAAUGCUUACAAAUCUUGAUGUCAGUGUUGAAAAUGCAGUUGAUGCUUUGAACAAGUUAUUGAGUGCAGGAUGUAAAUUAGUCAUCAUCACACUUGGAGAAAAAGGAGCCGUGUAUGCUUCAAAGGAGGAACCACCUACUCAUGUAUUUUGUGAAUCUGUACCAUCAGUGGACACUACAGGAGCAGGAGAUGCGUUUGUUGGAGCUCUAGCUACAUUCCUGGUGACCAAAAAGGAUCACCCAAUUCAUCAAAUAGUUGGAGCAGCUUGUGAAGUAGCCACCAUUUCAGUUACAAAGGAAGGAACGCAGACAAGCUACCCAACCAAUUACACACCCUUCAGUAAACCAUAUAAUUAUAAAAAACUGCAAUAAAUAAAACAAAAUAUUUACAAACCGUCAAGGUUUUAUUGAACAAAUCUUAUGAAAUAAGGCCUUAACAGAAAUAACUUAUUUAUCCAGUUUUACAUAAAUCUGAAAAUGACAUCCAUUCUAAGAAAUUGCAGCAAUUUAGUAGAAAACCUAGUGAAUAAUUAUAAUAAUACAUGUUAAGAUAUAGGAAAUAAUAAAACUAUCAAUACAUCAACCUUACAAGAUGUUAAUAAUAACGUAACCAUUGGAUUUAUCUAAUGUACUUAUUACUAAAAUUCUAGUUCUGUUUUGUCAUAAUUACAAAUUUAUACUUACAAUAAUAGAUUUAAUAUAUAUUUUUAAAGUUAAGUAACUAGGUACACUUGUACCAAACAACAAUAUUAUAAAAUCAAGCAGGGUGAAGGCAUAUAUUUUUGUCAUUUAGGAUAAUGCAAUCUGAGACAUGUAUAUAAAACAGCAAAAAAAAUAGCAUUUGAAUUAUAACAAUGUUUUAUAAUAAACCAUUCAUCCAUUUGAAA